CAGUGGUCGUGAGAAAAUCACUUGACGUUCUUCUCCCUCCGUGUUUUCGGUCGUAAAUCCGGGGAGUGGACGGAUUCGGUGUCCUGAGAGACGCACAGCUGUUACUGAUACAGUCUGACAGUGUUAGUCCUUGGGGCCGAUAAAGCUUACGAAGUAGGUGUUCACUAAAUUUGGGUUGUUUGUCGGUUAGCCAGCUAGUAAGGCCGUCUGUUUAUCUGGUGAUUCUGAGGCGGAGCUGUAGUGGGGCUAGCGUUAGCUAGCUAGCCAGCCUAAGAAGACACAGCCCUUGUCAUUUGUUGACCAUAUUGGUUAAAACUCCCCUCACGGCAGGUGUUUUAGUUUAGUUUUAGUCUUUAGUCUUUCUCGCAGCUGAAGCCGUUGCAUGCAGCUAGCUAGCUCAGCUCAGCUCAGCUCACACUCUAAAUGGCGUCGGAUACAAGUGAUGCAGAGGAGUUUUACGACGCAGCCGAAGAUGUCAACUUCAGUCCCUCGCCCAAAGUGUCACCUGCAAAAUUCAUCCUUCCGCAACCUAAGGGCCUAGAUGAGAGCCUGGCACAGGAAGUAGCUGCUGGCUUGGCGCCAUCCGAGCCUCGCCAUGACGACUCUCUCCAGAUCAUUGACAGUAUUAUUGAGGAGAGUCAGAAAGGCAGUGUGGUGGAUGAGGAGUUGUUGAGACGAGAGGACAGAUGCCCCUUGUCUUCCGGAGAGGACGAGACUUGCGAGACAGAAGGUCCUGGUGUUCUAGAAGGAGCCCAGGUUCCAGAACUUUCAGCAGCACAUGACCUCCCCGAGGCUCCACCUGAGGACUCCGCCCAAGAGCUGCUCCAGCCGCCGGACAUCAGGCCACAGGAAGUGAGGUCGCAGGAUAUCCAGGAAGCGGCUCCCGAUGUCGCGGGCGAAGCACAAGCAGUUCAGGAGCAAUGCCAGCCUGCUCCUCCUCCUCCGGACAUCACAAGCGCCCUGGGUCCACCUACUGCCCAGCUCCCCGAAAGGCUUGCAGCCUGCACUGCAGAGAGCGUGGAAAUGCCCAAAACGGCAGACAUCUUGGAGCAAGUGCCCCUCGCAGAUAAACUGACCGAGCUGGACAUGUCCGGCCCCUCUAAACCCCCCAGGCAGUUCACAGUGGAGCCAGAUAUUGUAGCCAGCACAAAGAAGAUUCCUCCUUCGAGACCGCCCCCUCCUAGCGGGGGUCCUCCCCGCAGGCCGCCACCCCCGGUUCGUCCCAACGUCCCACCCAGCAAGUCUCAGGACGUGAUGCGGCCAACAGGGCUAGAGGUCUCUGCAGAGGCAAUAGAAGACCCAUGCGGAUUGGUCAGUCCGAAUUCCACUGUGAGAUGCCUCACUAAAGAGCUACAACACUCUUUGGACCUCGCGAGUGCCACCAGUGGUGAUAAAGUAGUAACUGCACAGGAAAAUGAUGCACAAGCAUCCAGUCCUGGUAUUGAAACUGCUGGACCCCAGAGACCACGCUCUAACUCAGGCAGAGAGCUCACAGAUGAGGAGAUAUUGGCGAGUGUGAUGAUUAAGAACCUGGACACUGGUGAGGAGAUCCCACUAAUCCAGGCAGAGGAGAAACUCCCAACUGGAAUCAACCCACUAACACUGCACAUCAUGAGACGGACCAAGGAGUACAUUACGAAUGACGCCGCCCAGUCAGACGACGACGACAAGAGCCAGCCCGCGCUGAGCGACACGGACGGCGGGAAGCUGAAGCAGAGGACCACCCAGCUGAAGAAGUUCCUGGGCAAGUCUGUGAAGCGGGCGAAGCACCUGGCGGAGGAAUACGGCGAGCGGGCGGUGAACAAGGUGAAGAGUGUGCGCGAUGAGGUUUUCCACACGGACCAGGACGACCCGUCGUCAAGCGAUGACGAGGGUAUGCCCUAUACGCGGCCCGUCAAGUUCAAAGCAGCCCACAGCUUCAAGGGGCCCUUCGACUUUGACCAGAUCCGCGUGGUACAGGACCUCAGCGGGGAGCACAUGGGAGCCGUAUGGACAAUGAAGUUCUCUCACUGCGGGAGAUUGCUGGCGACAGCAGGCCAGGAUAACAUGGUCCGCAUCUGGGUCCUCAAAAAUGCCUACGACUACUUCAACAACAUGAGGAUCAAAUACAACACAGAGGGUCGUGUCUCCCCCUCCCCCUCCCAGGAGAGUGUGUGUUCCUCUAAGUCGGACACUGAAGCAGGGCUGGGAGCAGUGCUAGAUGAUGCUGAUCUGGAGGACCGAAAUGUCCCCUUCCGACAGGUUCCCUUCUGUAAAUACAAAGGUCACACUGCUGACCUUCUGGACCUCUCUUGGUCAAAGAAUUACUUCUUGUUGUCUUCGUCCAUGGAUAAGACGGUACGGCUGUGGCACAUAUCCAGGAGAGAGUGCCUUUGUUGUUUCCAGCAUAUAGACUUUGUUACAGCAAUCGCCUUUCAUCCCAGGGACGACCGGUAUUUUCUGAGCGGCUCUCUAGAUGGUAAGCUGCGUCUGUGGAAUAUUCCAGAUAAGAAGGUAGCACUGUGGAAUGAGGUAGAUGGCCAAACACGCCUUAUCACUGCUGCCAACUUCUGCCAGAACGGCAAAUAUGCCGUCAUUGGCACCUACGAUGGUCGCUGCAUCUUCUAUGACACAGAGCGCUUAAAGUAUCACACGCAGAUCCACGUCCGCUCCACUAGGGGGAGGAACCGCGUGGGCCGCAAGAUUACCGGCAUCGAGCCCCUGCCCGGAGAGAACAAGAUCCUGGUGACGUCAAAUGACUCGCGGAUCCGUCUGUACGACCUGCGGGACCUAUCUCUGUCUAUGAAGUACAAAGGCUAUGUGAACAGCAGUAGCCAGAUCAAAGCUAGCUUCAGUCAUGACUACUCGUUCAUUGUGAGCGGUUCGGAGGACAAGUACGUGUACAUCUGGAGCACAUACCACGACCUCAGCAAGUUCAGCUCAGUGCGGCGGGACCGCAAUGACUUCUGGGAAGGAAUUAAAGCGCAUAACGCAGUGGUGACGUCGGCCAUCUUCGCACCACAUCCUGGACUGAUCGUGCCUCAGGAGGCGGGGCCAGAGAAAACCGACAACGAAUGUAAGAGUGACGACACAGAGGGUUCUGAAACCAUCCCAUCAGGAGCUUUAAAAACAGAUCACACUGAAGUUCUCCUUUCUGCUGAUUUCACAGGCGCAAUCAAAGUCUUCGUCAAUGUUAAAAAAUACUGAGUGCUUUUACUGUGGCAAAAGAGAAAAGGGGGGGGGGAGAAAAAACUUUAAACUAUUCAGGUUGUUUUAACAACUGAAACGGAGACAUUUUACAUCGCUAGGCCGAGUGCCAUGAACGAGGUCUAGCACUCCCUCUCAUCUACCACUCAGCUGCUGGUGAGUACUCUGAGAGGAGGAAUGGCUGCACUUAAGCCCCGCCCUCUGCAGGGAACAGGGACCCAGGAAGCAGAGACCGAUGGGAAGUUGGAGGACCACAGAGAAAAGGAAAACCAGAACCAUGUCCACAGUGUGCUUCUUUCAACUGCUCUUUCAUUUCCUUGUGUUCAAUAAAGGGUCGGCUAUACAAGCUGUACAUUCGCAAAUGUAAAAAUAA